GUGGUUUCUGGCUCAGGACCCCAUUUCAAACAUUUGAUCCUGUUGAUCAGCUCCGUUCGCUUGCAGCAUGCUCUGUAGCCCUUGUUCACGCUUGCUUGAGCAAUGCUACUGGUGAGGUCGGCGUUAUACUGCUGGUGCUGACCAUACCCCACCACUUCCUGCAAUUCCUGCACGAAAUGCUUUGCGAAGUAUUAGCGGAAGGCGGCACGGCAUACAACGGUACUCCACCAUCGAUCAUCGAUCAUGUAAUGCGAUUCCCAAAAGCGCUGAGAUGCCAGCUCCCACGGAUCAGCCAGCCCGCCCCGAAAGGCCCGGCGCCCUUCUUCCGCUCCUAAACGGAGUUCUUGCCACCACUCUUACUUUCACAUUCGGUGUCCUAGGACUGAUCAACAACUGGCGCGUUCCGCAGCUCCCCCACUUGUUCUUUGGCCUGCUGACGUCAUCAGCAGUGUCAGCAUUGCUCACGACGCCCCUGGUCUUAGAAUGGCUGGGAAGGAGGGGGCGCCGGAGGGCUGCGCCGGUGGCGGUCAAGCGGCCCCAAUUUGGUUCGCCCCCGGCGCAACAGUUGGUCACUGCCGUGUGCGCCUCUCUGGACGUUGCCCCCGCCAGCGGGCUGCCCCUCUCGGUUGCUGAGGCGCGGUUGCGCGAGUACGGUCCAAAUGCGGUGGACCUGGGCAAAGGGCCUGGCUACUGGGCGUUCUUCUUCAAGGAGAUCUAUGAACCGCCUCAGCUGCUGCUCCUGGGUGUGGGCGUCCUAUACGCGCUGUUCGGCGGGCUGUCCGAAGCCGCCACCGCUUUUGCCGUCAUUAUCCUCAUGGCGACCGCCGAAGUGUUCACGGAGUGGCGCGCCAAGCGCGCGGUGGGCGCACUCGCGAGCAGCACGCCCAAGUAUGCGCGUGUGCGGAGGGGGGGCCGAACGCUGGAGAUUGGGAGGACGGACGUCGUGCCGGGAGACGUAGUUUUGCUGAAGGCGGGAGAUGAAAUCCCCGCGGACCUCCGUCUCCUCGACACGCUCUUCCUCGAAAUCGACGAGUCGUCUCUGAGCGGCGAACCGGCGCCCGUUCCAAAGGACGCCUCUGCCGUACAGAGCCCGGGGGAAGACCCCGGGCUUCUGGACUGCCCAGGGAUGGCCAUAGCGGGAACGGUGGUUACCCGGGGCAAGGGAACCGGGGUGGCUGUUUCGACCGGGGGAGCGACGGCGAUGGGCGGAAUGAUGGCGCUGGUCAAGAAGGCGAAAGAGAAGAAAACGCCGCUGCAGGCACUGCUGAAACAGGUUGCGGGCACUCUGUCGCUGGUCGCCAUCGGGUUGAGCGGCGGCGCGGCACUGGCGGGGCUGGUGCGCGGCCAGCCGUGGGAGACGGUGCUGCUCACGUUCCUGAGCCUGCUCUUUGCGACGAUCCCGGAAGAGCUCCCCAUCCUCAUUGCAGCCACGUUGGCAGUCAGCGCGCAGGCCCUGUCCUCCCGGAACAUCUUCGUCAAGAAGCUGCGCGCCGCGGAGAGUUUGGCCUACGUGGACACAAUCAUCACCGACAAAACCGGCACGCUCACGCACAACCGGCUGCGCCUCACAGCCGCAUGGGCGCCUGGAAAGGGUGACGUCAGCGGGACGUCGAUGGCGGGAGGUAACGGAAACGGCAAGGCUGAUAGUUGCGUCACCAAUCUGAUACGGGCGUGGCUAUUCAUGGCCGAGAUCGGAGACGAAUCUGACCAUCUCUCGUCAGCGAAUGGAAGUUCUCCUUUCGACACGGCCCCGCUCGAAGACUCGGUUCGAGAUGCCGGUCCUCUUGACACUUUCGACUUGGCGCUGACGAAAGCGCUGAGCCGAGGUGUGCGCGCGAACAUGGGCAGUGCGCUUUCCGUAAACAGUGUCGAUGUUCAAGAGCUCUGGCGGGAAAAGCGGGCGGCGAACCUGACGGACGAGACGCCGUUUGACUCUGGGAGGAAGAUGUCGUCACGGACGUUUGAAAGUAAAGACACCGAGGAAGGGACGAGAAGCACCGUGUUUCUCAAGGGCGCCCCCGAACGCCUGCUUGAGCGAUGUCGAGAGAUGGCGUCAAACGGGGAGGCAACUCGAGAGAUCGAGAGAGCGGCGAAAGCAGGCCUCCGCCUCAUAGGCUAUGCUUCAUCUGACGUCAGCGAAAACGGACCGUUUGAUUUCCUGGGCUUCCUGGCGUUCGAGGACCCUGUAAGAGCCGACGCGGCAGCCGCAGUCGCGCUCUGCGAAGGCGCGGGCAUCCGCGUCAUUGUUGCCAGCGGGGAUCACGUCAGUACGGUCGCGACCGCGGCAGUGCAGGUGGGCAUCGGUGCCCGCUCCGCCGACGACAUCGAGUCCGGAACGGCCUGCCCCGCCGUCGACUGCCAGGCCGCUUCUCUGGGCAACCUCUCCAGUGACCAGGUGCAGGAGUUGGUCGCGGAGAACCGAGUGUUUGGGCGGGCCACGCCGGCCGACAAGCUGAGGCUGCUGACCGCUCUUCAGGAGAAGGGCCACGUGGUGCUGACGACCGGGGACGGCACGAAUGAUGCACCCAUCCUGGCCACUGCUGACGUGGGCCUGGCGAUGGGUCGCGGCACGGAUGUGGCGCGCGCGGCGUGCAGCAUCGUGCUGGUGGAUGACGCCUUUGCUGGCGUCACGGACGCGCUGCGCGAGGGCCGCCGCAUGUUCGCCAACCUGCGCAAGGCGCUCGCCUUCUACCUGGGCGCCAAGGCGGGGCUGCUCGCCAUUUUUGCAGCUGGCAGCCUGGUCUCCCAGUUUCCGCUCCGCCCUCUCCACCGCGCGGCCGCGCGUUUCUUCGACAGGGAGAUGCUGACGUGGAUUGCGACGUCAGCGGGCUGCAUGGCGGGAUGCGUGCUUGCGUGCUAUGGCUACGGGCUGGCGCGGUUGGACGCCUCAUCCGCCCAAACCCUCGCCUUCCUUGCCUGGCUGUGCGGCCACGUGCUGCUCGCGCUCAACAUGCGCACCUUGCGCGAGCCCCUUUUUCUGAAGGGCCUCCUCUCAAACCCGGGCAUGGUUCUCUGGUUCGUGGCGGCGUUUGCGCUUGCGGCGGGGUGCGUGUUUGUGCGGCCGUUAGCGGACGUGUUAAAGCUCGCGCAACUGGAUGCUAGGAGCGUUGGAGUGGUGCUAGGGAGUGCGCUAUUGCUGACGUGUUGGAUCGAGGUGGGGAAGCUGGCCACGUGGCACCGGUGGCGGCGGGGGAGAAGCGGGGCUGGGCAGGACACGCUGAGGCAGCCACUUCUGCAAUGAAGUGACGGGCUCGGGGGAACCACGCGGCACUUCAUCCGUCAGGAACGGGGACACCACUUUUUUGUGAACGAUCAAUCUAGCCUCCGUAUAUUGAGCGAGCGUGCGCUAUUGUGUUGCGCUCGUUUGUCCCUUGAUCACGUUCUACGUCAGAAACAGUACCUGGUGAAAGAGAUCAGUCAUAGCUCACAUUUCUAGACAUAGACUCAUCUAUGCUCGCCGCAACAAGCUUGCUGAGACCGUCACACCGCAUGAGAAAGCGUGCACUCACUGAGUCAGGGUCACGCGUUGUUUGCAA